GUUUGUGGAGCCGGCGGGCGGGCGGUUUGCCUCUCCUUCCUGCGCCUAUUUGGUGCUGGGAGGCGGGCCGCAGGGUUGCUGUUGGCGCCGCCGCCUCUCUGGGUCUGGCCGACUCACGUGACCGACGCGGGCUCUGAAGCGGUGGGCCGCACCGAGGCGGCGGUGGCUACUGCAGCCCGGGAGGUAGCGGCCUGGCGAGGGACGGGCCGGCUGCCCUCUCGGACGGCCGCGGCGGAGGACAAAAAUGGCGGAGGCUUCGGCGGCCGGGGCGGACUCGGGCGCCGCUGUAGCCGCCCACCGGUUUUUCUGCCACUUUUGCAAGGGCGAGGUCAGCCCCAAACUACCGGAAUAUAUUUGUCCCAGAUGUGAAUCAGGCUUUAUUGAAGAAGUGACAGAUGAUUCCAGUUUUUUAGGUGGUGGCGGCAGUCGGAUAGACAAUAGCACAACAACACAUUUUGCAGAGCUUUGGGGCCAUUUGGAUCACACAAUGUUUUUUCAAGAUUUUAGACCAUUUCUAAGUGGCAAUCCACUGGACCAAGAUAAUAGAGCCAAUGAAAGGGGUCACCAGACUCACACUGACUUCUGGGGAGCAAGGCCUCCACGGUUACCAUUGGGUCGGAGAUACAGAUCUCGAGGAAGUUCUCGUCCUGACAGAUCUCCAGCUAUUGAAGGAAUACUACAACACAUCUUUGCAGGAUUCUUUGCAAAUUCUGCCAUUCCUGGAUCUCCACACCCUUUUUCCUGGAGCGGGAUGCUGCACUCCAACCCUGGGGACUAUGCCUGGGGUCAGACAGGGCUUGAUGCCAUUGUAACCCAGCUUUUAGGACAACUGGAAAACACAGGCCCUCCCCCAGCUGACAAGGAAAAGAUCACAUCUCUUCCAACAGUGACAGUAACUCAGGAACAAGUUGAUAUGGGUUUAGAGUGUCCAGUAUGCAAAGAAGAUUACACAGUUGAAGAGGAAGUCCGGCAGUUACCUUGCAAUCACUUCUUUCACAGCAGUUGUAUUGUGCCAUGGCUGGAACUGCAUGACACAUGUCCUGUAUGUAGGAAGAGCUUAAAUGGUGAGGACUCUACUCGGCAAAGCCAGAGCUCUGAGGCCUCUGCAAGCAACAGAUUUAGCAAUGACAGUCAGUUACAUGACCGAUGGACUUUCUGAAGCUAAAGACCACACCUGAAUCUGGGCUGUGGUAAUCAUCUUACCAUAGCUGUAAAUUGUAUCAAAACAAAAAAUUAGUAGAUGGAUUUAGGAAUCAUGUAAGAAACUCAACACAUAAUAUUAAUGCAAUGAAUGUUUUUCUUCUCUAAAUUUAAAGUUAGUAUCUACAGAUGGAAUUGUGUCUACAACCAAAUGCCUCUUAUCCCUGAAUUCAGAGUGAUAAUUUUAUAAGUGUGAAACUUAAUUAUGUAGGGCUCCUCCCACCUGAAUAGAAUUAAUUCCUGAAAGUCUAGUUAGGGUCCUGCUAUCUGUCAUGUUGCCUUGUAACGGGUGUUUCCACCUCCUUCUCCAACCUCUACCCCACCAUUAGUGUAUUUUACUAUAAAAACAGUGGAACCACAGCCCUAAAGUCCUGCUGAUAUAAAGUCCUUUUGUCUUAAUUGUAUUAAAAAAAAAAAAAAAAAACUACUCUUGCUCACAUUAGCUAUGAGGCGAGGUCAAAUUCAGGAAUCUAAGACUAAUGAUUUCGUUUUGUCUUGAACCCCAGAGAGCAAAUCAAAGAAAAAUUACAGCAAGAAGAGAAAA